AUGGGAAGUAGAAAUAGUACAAAUGUAACUGACUUCAUCCUUAUGGGAUUGACAGAUUCUGAGGUGAACCAGCAGGUCCUCUUUAUGUUAUUUUUCCUGAUAUACCUGAUUACCAUGCUGGGGAAUGCAGGGAUGAUACUGAUAAUUCACCUGGAUCUCCAGCUUCACACCCCCAUGUAUUUUUACCUCAGCCACCUGUCAUUCCUUGAUCUCAGUUAUUCAACAGUCAUCACACCUAAAACCUUAGAGAACUUACUGACUUCCAAUAGACAUAUUUCAUUCAUAGGCUGCUUCACCCAGAUGUCUUUAUUUUUCUUCUUGGCUGCCACUGAAUUUUUUUUUCUCUCUUCAAUGGCCUAUGACCGCUAUGCAGCUAUAUGCAAUCCUCUGAACUACCCGGUUAUUAUGUCCAGGAGACUCUGCCACACCCUCAUCAUUGGGUCCUAUAUGAUUGGCUUUACUGAAUCUUUUGUCAAUGUUGUUUACAUGAACAAUUUGCAUUUCUGCAAAUCCAAUGUAAUCUAUCACUUUUUCUGUGACAUAACCCCAAUUUUAGCCCUGUCCUGCACUGACACCCAUGACACUGAAAUCAUGAUACUCAUUAUCGGUAGUUUCAAUACAAUGGUGUCUCUUAUCACAAUCUCUGUGUCCUAUGGUUCCAUUCUGUCCACUAUCCUGAAAAUUAAUUCCACUUCAGGAAAGCAUAAAGCCUUCUCUACUUGUGCCUCCCACCUCCUGGGAGUCACCAUCUUUUAUACCACCACGAUUUUUACUUACUUAAAACCAAAGAAGUCCUACUCCUUGGGAAAGGAUCAAGUGGCCUCUGUGUUUUAUACUAUGGUGAUCCCCAUGCUGAAUCCACUCAUUUAUAGUCUUAGGAACAAAGAAGUGAAAAAUGCUCUCAUUAGAGUCAUGAAGAAGAGAGAGGGCUCCAGGCAAUUGAAAUGA